UGCAGAGCGACCACCAGUCCAGGUCCAGCGCGGGACGCAUCACAUACACGCGGUACCUUCGUUCGUUCUCAAGCUUAUAGCGCCCGAUCGACCCUGCGCGGAGCUAGUUCGUUCGUUCCGGCAGGCGGCGGCAGCGAAGCAGUGCGACGACGACGACGAGGUACGUAGAGAGCGAGAGGAUAGAUGUCGAGCCGAAGGUCGUCGUCGCACGGCAACAUCUCCGAGGACGAGAUGAACGAGCUCGUCUCCAAGCUCCAGGCCCUGCUCCCCAGCUCCCGCCGCCGCCGCGGCUCCGGCCAGGCGUCGACGGCGAAGCUGCUGAAGGAGACCUGCAGCUACAUCAAGAGCCUCCAGCGGGAGGUGGACGACCUCAGCGACCGGCUGUCGGACCUCUUGUCCACCAUGGACCACAACAGCCCCGCGGCGGAGAUCAUCCGAAGCAUCCUCCGCUCCUGAGCGCGCGCAAGGGCGAGGUCAACGAACGCCGGCCUCCGAUCGAUCGCCGACAGCGCGCGCUCUCCGGCCGGCUGGUCACGUGCGGGAGCUGAGCUCAAUUAGGUAGCUAGGGUAUAUAUACAUAUAAUAUAUAUAUCUACAUGUACGUGUAUCUACCUUUUCCUUUACCAGUCUCCCUAGAUCUGAGAUCAUGUGGCUAGCUCCGUAUAAAAAUGUACUAGCCACACGCUGACACGCACACGUAUGCAUGAUGGUCUCUGCGCUAAGCUUCACUGGGUAGUAGGGUAUAGCACUAGAGCCUAAGCAAGCUUAUCCUCCUCACUUUAGUAUAGCUCGCAGCAGCAGCAGUCUCUCGAUUCCUCGGCGAUCUUCGGUGGCUUAAUUGGAUCGAGCUGGCUAGUGCGCUCUCUCUCUCUCUCUCAUCUCUAGCAGGCAGGAAAAGAGACAACCGACCGACCACUACUAGCCUAGCCUAGAGCAAAUUGACUGUCGUUAUGAUGAUGAUGAUGUACUGCUAAAGCUUUUAUUAACGACUUCAAUAACAUGUACGUCCUGCGGUUAGUGCUUUGUUUUUCACUCACCGUGCCAUGCAUGGCGUUAAGAAAUGCAACCGCUGCGUGUCUGUACUGU